AGUGGGUCGCCGUGCCAUCUGAUCCGUGUCAACACAUGCCCAGCUGACCCUCAUUCCAUAGCAGAUCAGCAGCGCUCAGCAGCAAUGACCGACUUUCUGGAGGAGCGGCCAUUCGGCUCGCAGUACACCAAUGUCUACCUGUCCAUCUUUGCCCUGUUCUGCUUCAAGCUCUUCGUCAAGAUCAGCCUGAACAUCCUCACACAUUUCUACGUUGUCAAGGGGAACAGGAAGGAGGCGGCUCGCAUUGCCGCAGAGUUUUAUGAUUUCGGCCAAGGGCACAGCUCAUGGGCAGACCGAUCUCCACUCCAUGAAGCUGCAAGCCAGGGACGCCUUCUGGCCCUGAAGACCCUGCUCUCACAGGGUUACAAUGCAAACUUGGUCACCAUUGAUCAUGUGACUCCACUGCACGAGGCGUGUCUGGGUGACCAUGUGGCAUGUGCCAGAGCUCUCAUAGAGGCCGGAGCUAACGUGAACGCUACCACCAUCGACGGAGUGACGCCUCUGUUUAACGCCUGUUCCGCCGGCAGUGCCACGUGUACGGAGGUUCUUCUGGAGCAUGGUGCUAACCCACAGCCUGAGCCGUGCCAACCCUCACCGAUCCACGAAGCCAGCAGCAAAGGAAGGACGGCGUGUGUGGAGACUCUGAUAUCAUGGGGGGCAGAUGUGGAUUACGAUAUUCCUCACUUAGGAACACCACUGUACAUCGCUUGUGCCUCCCGAGAGCUACAGUGCACACGGAAACUUCUAGAUGGAGGUGCUAACGUACAAAAGGGCCGUUUCCUGGACACGCCGCUUCACGCCGCAGCACAGAAAGACUGCCCUGAGAUCGUCAAAGUGCUGCUGGAGUUCGGCGCCAACAUCAAUGCUCGAAACGUGGAGCUACAGAGAGCAGUGGAGACAGCGCCCCCUAGCAGCCUGGCAGAAUGCUUGUUACUGCAUUAUGAAGUUACUCCACGCUCUCUGAGUGAGCUGUGCAGGUUGUGUAUCAGAGAAUAUCUCGGACGCACGAGGCUUCAUCUCAUCCCUCAGCUGAAACUGCCACCUCUGCUCCACAAAUUCCUGCAGCACAGAUAGACACCUCUUUCUCUCUCUCUCUCUCUCUAUCGCGCUCUCUCUCUCCAUAUAUAUCUGUCUCUGUCUCCACCUGUUUGUGUCUCUAAUUCUUUUUCACUAUCUCUCUUGUCUGUCUGGUUCUAUCACUCUCUACAUCUGUCUCCUUCCUCUACUGUUCCUCUGUCUGUCUCUCCCUCCACAUCUGUCACUCUACCAGUAUUUCUGUUUCUCACUAUGCCUUGCUCUCCAUCUGUAUCUGUUUUUCUUCUCUCUACCUGUCCUUCUCUGCCUGAAUUUAUUUCUCACCACCUGUCUCUCUCUCUACCUGUCUAUCUCUGCUUCUCGCACCUGUCUCUCUACCUGUAUCUCUCUCUCUCUUUCUCUCUCUCUACCUGUACCUUUGUUUCUCACCACCUGCCUCUCUCUACCUAUCUGUCUCUCUCUACCUGUCUGUCUCUGUUCUCUCUACCUGUCUGUCUCUCUCUACCUGUCUGUCUCUGUUCUCUCUACCUGUCUGUCUCUCUCUACCUGUCUAUCUCUGUUCUCUCUACCUGUCUGUCUCUCUCUACCUGUCUGUCUCUGUUCUCUCUACCUAUCUGUCUCUCUACCUGUCUGUCUCUGUUCUCUCUACCUGUCUGUCUCUCUCUACCUGUCUGUCUCUGUUCUCUCUACCUAUCUGUCUCUCUCUACCUGUUUGUCUCUAUUCUCUCUACCUGUCUGUCUCUGUUCUCUCUACCUGUCUGUCUCUCUCUACCUGUCUAUUUCUGCUUCUCACACCUGUCUCUCCACCUGUUUCUUUCUCUUCACCAGACCUCUCUCUCUCUCUCUCUCUCUCUCUCUCUCUCUCUCUCUCUCUCUCUCUCUGUGUACCUUUGUUUCUCAGCACCUGCCCCUCUCUACCUGUCUGUUUCUCUCCAACUUUCUUCAUCUCUCUCUUUCUCUCUACCUACCUGUCUCUUGCUCUACCAAUCCGUUCUUGAUUGUUCAUGUGUAUCUGUUUGUCUCUCAUUUAACCUCUCUCUCUCUCUCUCUCUCUCUCUCUCUCUCUCUCUCUCUCUCUGCCAUUUUAUUUGAUAUUUAAUCUCUCUUGUAUUCGUGUAUCAGAUUGUCGUUUAUUUUGUCUCUCAAGUGCAUUUAUUAUCUUCUUUAUAACACAAAAUAAUUAAGUGCUUGGUCUUGAUUUAAAUACGAUGUCUGUAAAAAAAUACAAAACAUAUUUUUUUUAUCAUGACUGUGUUCAUUAGGAAGUUUUCUCACACCACAUUCACACUGGCGAGUUGUUUCUCUUUCUCGAUUGGUUUCAAUUGACAGAUCUGUCUUCUUUGCAUUUUUUUUUUCUGUUCUAGCUUUUCUACUUCAGUUCUCCAUUUAAACAUUAGCUCCUGAUGUGAACACUUUAAGACACAUACACGAUUGUGUAUGAUUGAAGAUGAUUCCAGUUUUAGAUCCGUGACCUUCACGAGAAGUCGGAACGACAAACACGGAGUUAUCUGUCCUUCUGUCCUGGCGGUUAAUUAAAAUGUGAAUGUCAGCUGCAGAAACGCCGAGCUCUUCUCACGUCUCCCACACUUUGAUCUGGUGGUGUGUUUAAUGUGUCGAGUGUGUAUCAUAAUCACAGCUGUACUGUGUUUUACUGAAACGUCAGCAUGUCAACAAAUAUACCGGAAUAAAUAAAAAUAUUUCAUGAUGUGUUUUAUUUA